AUGACGCACGACCUCGUCGAAGCGCCCGUCACGCUGCGAGGAUAUCUCCUCUGCGUCUUCGCGGCCUUUGGUGGGAUUCUGUUCGGGUAUGACUCUGGGUAUAUCAAUGGAGUGCUUGGCAUGUCGUUCUUCAAGCAGCAGUUUGGGAGCCCUUCGAACGACAAGGAUGCGUACAACAGUCCCAUCUACAAGACGUGGGAGAAGUCUCUUAUCGACUCCAUCCUCUCUGCUGGUACCUUCUUCGGCGCACUGGCUGCAGGCUCUGUGGCUGACUGGAUCGGUCGUCGCUCUACCGUCAUUGUGGGAUGCGCUAUCUUUUCUGUCGGAGUCAUAUUCCAAGUCGCUUCUACCACCGUAGCUCUGCUCGUCCCUGGUCGCUUGAUCGCCGGCUUCGGUAUCGGAUUCGUCUUUGCCAUCAUCAUCCUAUAUAUGUCGGAGGUGGCCCCGAAGCGCUUCCGUGGCGCUAUUGUAUCUGGAUACCAGUUCUGCAUCACAAUCGGCUUGCUUCUAGCGUCAGUUGUGGACAAUGCGACAAAAGACCGUAUGAACUCGGGCUCAUACCGAAUUCCAAUGGCUCUUCAGUGGCUGUUUGCUUGUUUCUUGGGUAUUGGCCUUUUCUUGCUCCCUGAGUCGCCUCGCUGGUACGUCAAAAAAGGUCGUACCCAGGAUGCUGCACGUGCUCUUGGAACUCUCCGCGGACAGCAUUUCGAAUCAAGAUAUAUCAUUGAUGAGCUUAAAGAGCUGACUGACAAUCACGACUACGAAAUGCGUAAUAUACGCACAGGCUGGGUUGAUUACUUUCGAGGUGGAUGGAAGCCGUCUAGCAACCUCCGCCGCGUCGUGUUGGGAAUGGCGCUCCAGAUGAUGCAGCAGUGGACUAGCGUCAAUUUCAUCUUUUACUACGGGUCAACCUUCUUCAGGACCGUCGGACUCGAGAAUGCUUUCCUCAUCUCCAUGAUCACCACUGCAGUCAACGUUGGAUCUACCCCUAUCUCCUUCUGGACUAUCGAGAAAUUUGGCCGCCGCAUGCUUCUCAUCUCUGGAGCCAUUGGCAUGCUCGUCUGCGAGUUCGUCAUUGCCAUUGUCGGCACAGUCGAUGAGGGCAGCAAGGCCGCUGGGAUAUUUCUGAUCGUCUUCACCUGUUUCUACAUCUUCUUCUUCGCGUCAACCUGGGGACCAGCAGCCUGGGUAGUCAUUGGAGAGAUAUUUCCUCUGCCCAUCCGCGCCAAGGGCGUUGCUCUUUCUACUGCUAGCAAUGUCUCUCUUGAGCAAGUUGAUCGCAUGCUUGAGGAGACUACGCCGCGCACCUCGUUCAAAUGGGUUCCUCAUCAUCUACGCGAAGGCCACACAGAUGGAUCUUCUCCAGAAACGAAUGAGAAGAUGGGUCACCAAGGCCCGCUUGAGCAGGGCGAGCAAAAGGGCGUUUGA